AUGCAUCUGCGUCGACGGCUUCCGGCGCCCGUACUGCCUCAUCGCAGACGUCCAGCGCCUCGAUAUGACGUCUCACAUGUCCCUGCAAUGCACUGCUACAGGACACACUCGUUUCUCGAUACGCGACGCGAUACGUCGACGUGGGCGUUGGCAGCCGGCGGACUGCAGCAGAAGUGGAAGGGGCUAAAGCAGCGCACGGCGUGGCGCUACAAGGCGCUCAAAGACGACGCGACGGCCAUUGUCUUUAGUGACGAGAUGCAGAAAGAAGUGCGGCUGAAGCCCCGGAAUCGACGACUGGACGACCCUCUGGCGUGCCAUAACGUGCUGGCCGCCGCGUCAACGUCGAGUCUCAAUGGCAUGCUCGGCGCCACGUCGCCCGAGGUGUCGAACCAGUUUUGCAGGACAAUGGUCGGCUUUAUGCUGUACUCGUGCACGCCGUCGGGACGGGCAAAGGUGCUGGACGUCCUGACAACGCAGCGGCUGGACGAAAUCACGAUUGCGAAUCGAGCGCUGGUGAUCCGCGCUAUCCAGCGCUGUCUGUCGCUGCCAUUGAUCCGUGACAAGAGCGCGCUGCGCAGUGCGGCCAAGAAUGUGAUUUGCGGUACAUUUGGCGUGGAGCUGUCGGCUCUCAAGGAACAGAUCCACUUGAAUGAAGAGGCUUUCAUCGACCCAGCAGGCCAUAUUCAGUUUGGAACUGACAUGGCUGCCGCAGGUGAAGGCUCAGCUCGUCACAGAACGUCUGCUCACGAAGAACCGCCGCACUCCGGCGACCUCAUUCAGCUCAUCUUUGGAAACAAAAACAUCACGGAAGUCGUGGCCAUGAUGCAACACAUUGCAGUCGAAAGCCUCAAGGUUAAGGAGCAACAGCCGCAUCUGGUCAAGGUGGUCAGUGACAUUGACGACACGCUCUUUCCCGGAUGGCUCGAUAAGCGCUAUCCGCUGCAUAUUCCGUACCCAGGCGUGUCGGAACUGUACGCGCGGCUCUCACGUGGCCUCGCACACGAUGCCAAGGGCGACAGCUUGCACCCGUCGAUCACCUUCCUCACUGCCAGACCCCGUGGCUGGCUAAGUGUUGGACGCUAUCUGACACUGCAACACUUGAAGAAACUGGGCGUGCCAAACGUCACGGUGCUCAACGGAUCAGUUAAAGGUCUCGUGAGCAACGAGAAGAUUGCGGGUCUCAAGAUGGACAACUUUUCUCGCUUCGCAGCGCUGUUUCCCGAGUUCAAGUUUGUCUUUUUCGGUGACUCGGGUCAGGGCGAUGCGCUAUUGGCAUCACGACUGCUGAAAGAGUGCGCAGAGCAGGUGCUGGGCGCUUUCAUUCACGACGUGAACCCCCUCUUUGCUCGGACUGGCGACGGCGGCGUCAAGCGGGUGUACGCUGCGGAAGGUGUCGAGUUUUUCGAGACGUUUGCUGGGGCAGCGCUUGGAGCGUACAAGAAGGGGCUGAUCUCAGCCAAAGACGUCGUGGCCGUCGCGGAUGCGUCUACAAAGGAGUUGGACGACGUUUUGUUUGUUGGACCUGAGGCCGCAGCAACGAAAGCCGAGCGACGUCGGGACUUGCAGCAAGAUAUCGACCUCAUUGACACGUACCUGCAUGGCAAGUUCAUUUCGAGGUUCUUGUUCAAUGGAUCGCGAGGAAGCGCGAGUGCGUAUGCUGCAUCUAUGGACGACAAUGAGCUCGAGCGUCGCUGCUCGCACUGCUAUCCUCACCACACAACGGUAAACGUUGUGCGCAUCUGA